GGGCCUCAAGGGCUGAGAGCCUGAGACCAGGCUGCUCCAAUGGCGAGGACUGACCCACGGUGGGCUCCAGAACCAGAACUGAAACUAAAAGCUUGCAAAGUCAGGACUCAGACAUCAUUGAGAACUUUUUCAUUGUCCAGCCUUCACAUUCAACCUUUGCUUUGCCUGCCAGUUCGACUGGUCCUACUUGCAGCUUUUGUUGAGAUGGUUGUAUGUGGUCCACCACAGCCAGCCAGCCCUCCUCUGCUGUCAGGACAACCUUUCAUUAUCUUCUGGGGGAUCCGUGAUUCUUCCUGCUCGAGAAGGCCAGAUCUUCGAUCUUUUGGAAUGGAACGGGAGGGUCGUGUCGCGGCGUUUUAUGAGGACACUCUGGGGAAAUACCCAUAUUUUCUGGACCAAGACACACCAGUUAACAGGGGGUUACCACAACACACACGACUGGACGACCACCUCCAGAAGACACAGCAGGACAUAGAGGCAGCUUUACCAGCGCCAAGGUACCUCGGACUAGGGGUGCUGUUCUGGGCAGAGUGGGCUCCACAGUGGGCAAGGACUGGACCAAAACAGGAGAUAUAUCUGGAGGCAUCAAGGGCCCUGCUGAAGACAUUCUUUCCUAACUGGACCCCCGAAGAGGUGGAGAAAUGGUCACAGGUGGACUUCGAGGCUGCAGCUCAGUCAGUAAUGAUGGAGACCCUUCAGGAGGUCAAAAGGUUGCGGCCCAAAGCAUUAUGGGGUGUCUCACCUUACCCCAGGUGCAACAAUGGCAACCCUGGCCAAACCUUGUUGGCAAAUUACACCGGCCGCUGCCCCACUGUGGAGAUGGCCCUCAACGACGAGCUCGUGUGGCUCUGGAAACGAUGCUCUGCCCUGUACCCCCUCCUCACCCUGGAGAAGCUGCAGGGCGGGACCUCUGGAACACGGCUUUAUUUGUCCAAUCAAAUCAGAGAAGCUCUGCGCGUAGCAUCUGUGCCUGGUGUGGCGUACGAUCUUCCCGUGUUCCCACUGGUCAAGAGCGUCUAUACCUCCACUAAUACAUUUAUUUCUCAGACAGAUCUGGUCAACACCAUUGGAGAGAGCGCUGCCAUGGGAACAGCCGGAGUCGUCAUCUGGGAACGAAGUGAGACCAGGACGGAGAGAGAGUGUCAGGAUCUGGCAGAGUUUGUCCGUACGGUUCUGGGACCGUACUCCAUCAACGUCACCAAAGCGGCUCGACUCUGCUCAGCCUCCCUCUGCCAGGGAAAGGGUCGAUGCAUUCGCCAAAAUCCCGAAAGCUCCACCUACCUCCACAUCCCACCCCAAUCCCCAGUGCUGUCCAAGGCACAAACAGAUGCAACAGAAACGGAAACUAAACCUCCAGAACCAGACACAGCUGAGAUCUGGAAGAGGGACUUCCAGUGCCAGUGGUUCCAGAUGUUAGACGGUGACGUCUUGGUCCAACAGUCUCCCAAAGAUGGGGUGUCUGCUGGGGAAAAACUGGGCGAAAACUCCAGCAACACUCGAAAAACUACAAUCACAUCUACCACAGGUUUGACAUCAAACGGUGCCUCAGUGAAGGAGUUCAUCCUCAGCAGUACACCCAGAACCAGAAGUCCAAAGGAUGCACCGGACGUUCCGAUGGGAGGCAGCACUAAAUCACCAAGUGUCUCACAUCUGACUGCUGCAGUUUGUCUCCUGGCUGGAAUUUUAUACUUGCAACCUUAACGAGGCUCCCAAUGAGGCGGGAACUAUCAGAAAGUGUUUAA